AUGGGCCUCACAGUUCACCACCUCCAAGUCUCCCAAUCCGAGCGCAUCCCCUGGCUCUGCGAAGAACUCAACAUUCCCUACGACCUAAAACUCUACAAACGCUCCCCUCUCCUCGCACCACCAGAGUUCAAAGCCUUGCACCCCAUGGGCGCAGCCCCCGUCAUUCAAGAUGACAAUCUCACCCUUGCCGAGAGCGCCGCUUGCGUAGAGUACAUCUCGCAAAAAUACGCUUCCGGCAAACUCUUCGUCCCACCAUCCUCCCCAGCAUACGCAGACUUUCUCUACUGGUGGCACUUUACACCCGGCACACUCUUUCCCGCGCUGGGAAGAAUCAUGUUAAUCCAAUCCGCCAAAUUACCGGAUGACAUGCCCGCUGUGCAGUUUGGAAAAAAGCGAUACAACCAAGCGUUGAAGAUGUUGGAUGAUAGACUUGCCAAGAGCGAGUGGCUUGCCGGUGAAGAGUUUAGUGUUGCGGAUAUCAUGGUUGUGUUUCCGCUUACUACUAUGAGAUACUUUUCGCCGUAUAGUCUGGAGGGAUUUGAUAAUGUUUUGAAGUACUUGGAACGCGUUACAGGACGGGAGGCGUAUAAGAGGGCUAUGGAGAAGAUUGAUCCGGGUAUGGAGGUUGCUAUCGGGGCGAAUCCACCCAAGAGCCCUUUUAAGCUGUAG